CCAGUCCUUCUUACGGCAGCCGGGAUAUAUUCAUGUGGGAUCCCUGCAUGUGUGCUUAAGUUUGCGUCUUUUCUGCGAUCUGUCGAUAAUGGAUGUGCUGUACGUGCCGCCCCCCCACCCCGAUGACUUCCGGACCCAGCAGGUUCUGAUCGCGGCCCAGUUCUGCCCCGCGCCCCCCCGCCUCCUCACCCAGACCCCCCCGGGAGAACAGCACACACACCAGAGACUCCCCGCUCUCGCCCUGGCUGGUAGCCAGCAGGAUGUGCUGUGGGGCGAUGCUGCUGUUUCCUGGUUCUUGUGUGAGGGGGCGGGGCGAGCUGGGCGGAGCCUAAAGGAGAGGAGUGAGGUGCGCAUGUGGAUGGACGUCGCGCAGAACGAACUCCGACCAGCGGCCUGCGCUCUCACACUCCCCCUGCUGGGGGUCAAGGGGGUCGACAAGAAGGUGCAGGUGAGCUCUAAGGGCGUCCUCUUGAGCGUCUUAAGGGCGUUGGAUCGUUCCCUGGAGCCGAAGACCUACCUGGUGGGGGAGAGCAUCACGCUCGCCGACAUCGCCAUGGCAACCUCACUACUGCUGCCUUUCAAAUACGCUCUGGAGCCGGCGGAUCGUAAGAGUGUGUGCAACGUGACUCGCUGGUUCGUGACGUGUGUGAACCAGCCGCAGUUCCUGGCCGUGCUCGGACCCCUGGCACUCGGCCACAAGAUGGCUGCCGUCAACACACACACACACACAGCCCCCGCAGCCACCGCCGCCGCCGCCGCCGCCAACACACACGCACACACACACACCGCUCAGACCAACGGAGAUUCAGCACCUGCUGAUGGUCCCCCUAAGACUGAGGCACAGUUGAAGAAGGAGGCGAAGAAGAGAGAGAAGAUGGAGAAAUUCCAACAGAAGAAAGAAAUGGAGGAGAAGAAGAAACAGCAACAGAAGCCAGCAGCGGAGAAAAAGAAGCCGGAGAAGAAGGAGAUUGGUGUCAUCACCUACAACACCCCCACCCCCCCAGGAGACAAGAAAGAUGUGGUCAGCCCGCUGCCUGACUCCUACUCCCCUCAGUAUGUGGAGGCCUCCUGGUACAGCUGGUGGGAGAAGCAGGGAUUCUUCAAGCCGGAGUACGGGCGCAAGAGCCUGAGUGAGCCUAACCCGCGCGGCGUCUUCAUGAUGUGUAUCCCUCCGCCUAAUGUGACCGGAUCUCUUCACCUGGGACACGCCCUCACCAACGCCAUCCAGGACUGCCUGACUAGAUGGCACCGCAUGCGUGGUGAGACGGCGUUGUGGAACCCCGGAUGUGACCACGCCGGCAUCGCCACCCAGGUGGUCGUGGAGAAGAAACUGAUGAGGGAACGACAACUCAGCAGACACGACCUGGGCAGAGAGAAAUUCAUAGAAGAGGUCUGGAAAUGGAAGAACGAGAAGGGAGAUCGUAUCUACCAUCAGCUGAAGAAGUUGGGCUCCUCUCUGGACUGGGACCGAGCCUGUUUCACCAUGGACCCGAAACUGUCCUACGCGGUGCAGGAGGCUUUUAUCCGGAUGCACGAAGACGGAACCAUCUACAGGAGCAAGAGGCUGGUGAACUGGUCAUGCAGCCUGAACUCAGCCAUCUCAGACAUAGAGGUGGAUAAGAAGGAGUUGACGGGCAGAACUCUGUUGCCGGUGCCCGGAUACAAAGACAAGGUGGAGUUUGGAGUGCUGGUGGCGUUCGCAUACAAGAUAGAAGGCACAGGUGAGGAGGUGGUUGUGGCUACUACUCGUAUUGAGACCAUGUUGGGAGACACAGCGGUGGCCGUGCACCCCAAAGACCCCCGAUACCAGCAUCUGAAAGGGAAGAUGGUUCUCCAUCCGUUCUGUGAUCGCCGCAUGCCUGUCGUCUUUGACGAGUUUGUGGACAUGGCCUUUGGCACAGGUGCGGUGAAGAUCACCCCUGCCCACGACCAUAAUGAUUACGAGGUCGGCGUGCGACACAAUCUGGAGUUCAUCAACAUUCUAGACGAGAAUGGAUAUCUCAUCAACGUUCCAGCACCUUACAAGGGCAUGCGUCGGUUCGAUGCCAGGAAGGCGGUUCUUCAGGCGCUGAAGGAUCUCGGACAGUUCAAGGAGAUCAAAGACAACCCCAUGGUGGUGCCCGUCUGCAGUCGUUCUAAAGACAUCGUUGAGCCCCUCCUGAAGCCGCAGUGGUAUGUGAGCUGUGGUGAGAUGGGCAAGCAGGCAGCGGACGCAGUGCGAGAGGGGAGACUGAAGAUCAUACCAGACCACCACCUGAAGACAUGGUUCAACUGGAUGGAUAACAUCAGGGACUGGUGUAUCUCUCGUCAGCUGUGGUGGGGCCACAGGAUUCCCGCCUACUUCGUCACCGUCAACGACCCCAAUGUCAAGCCAGGAGAGGACAUGGAUGGCCACUACUGGGUGAGCGGGCGAACUGAAGAGGAGGCCAGAGAGAAGGCUGCCAAGAGGUUCAACACCAGCAAGGAGAAGAUCACACUCAGACAGGAUGAGGACGUGUUGGACACCUGGUUCUCUUCCGGGAUCUUCCCCUUCUCCAUCUUCGGCUGGCCCAAUCAGAGCGAGGACCUGAGUGUGUUCUAUCCGGGGACGCUGCUGGAGACGGGACACGACAUCCUCUUCUUCUGGGUGGCUCGCAUGGUGAUGAUGGGACUCAAGCUCACCGGGAAACUGCCCUUCACAGAGGUGUAUCUGCAUGCGGUGGUGCGCGACGCUCACGGGAGGAAGAUGAGCAAGUCGCUCGGCAACGUCAUCGACCCGCUGGACGUCAUCACUGGAAUAUCACUAGAGGGUCUUCAUGCCCAGUUGAAGGAUUCCAAUCUGGACCCGCUGGAGGUCGAGAAGGCCAAGCAAGGACAGAAAUCCGACUACCCAAGUGGCAUUCCAGAGUGCGGCACUGAUGCGCUGAGAUUCGCCCUGUGUGCCUACACCAGCCAAGGUCGUGACAUUAACCUGGAUGUGAACCGUAUCCUUGGCUACCGCCACUUCUGUAACAAACUCUGGAACGCGGUCAAGUUCGCCAUGAGGACCCUGGGAGACGCUUUCACACCCCGAGAUAAGCCACAGCUGAGCGGUGAGGAGGGUGUGUGUGACCGCUGGAUUCUGUCUCGUCUGAGUGCCGCCGUGUCGCUGUGUGACGCCGGAUUCCGGAGCUACGACUUUCCCGCCAUCACCACGGCGAUAUACAACUUCUGGCUCUACGAACUGUGUGACGUCUACCUGGAGUGUAUUAAGCCGGUGGUAGCCGGCUCUGAGCCGCGUGCUGCCCAGGUGAGUCGUGAGACGCUGUUCACAUGUCUGGAGGCGGGGCUUAGGCUGCUAUCUCCCAUCAUGCCGUUCGUCAGCGAGGAACUCUACCAGCGGUUACCACGACGACAGCCAACCAGCAGCCCUCCCAGCAUCAGUGUCACGCCCUACCCAGACGCCCAGGAGUUCUGUUGGCAUAGCGACGUGGUUGACAAGGAGAUGGAGUUUGUCAUGUGUGUCGUGCGCACCAUCCGAUCGUUGAGGGCCGACUACAACCUGACCAAGACACGCGCAGACUGUUAUCUGCAGUGUGUGGACUCUGAGACGGCGUCGCUUGUCGAUCGCUUCGCUCUGCAGCUCCAGACGCUCUCGUACUCCCAGACCAUCCGGCCCGUAACCGGCGGCGACCAGGAUAUCCCACAAGGCUGUGCGGUCGCCAUCGCCUCCGACAGGUGCUCUGUACACCUCAUGCUCAAGGGUCUGAUUGACGUGGAGAAGGAGGUGUCCAAGUUGAGCUCCAAGCGGUGUGACCUUGAGAAGGUCGUCAGUAAACUGCGAGAGAAGAUGGAGAAAGCGGACUACACACACAAGGUCCCCGCCAAGGUGCAGGAGGCAGACCUGGAGAAGAUGCGUCAGACUCAGACGGAGUUGGAAAAGGUGAACGAAGCCAUCCAGAACUUCAGAGGAAUGAUGUAACACCUCACACACACAGACACACACACACAC